AUGUACAACCAACUUUUACAUUGGCCUGUUUGGGUCAGCCUCAGUCUUUCUCUCAUCCGUCCCAGCUUCGCCGUGACAAACAGCUACAAUGGCCAGUAUGCCGAUGACUGUCCCGAGCUGUGCAGUCGUGCCGGCUCCAGCGCCUCCAACUGGACACACAUCCACAGAGUUAAGGAGCUUUCGUCGUGUAAUCAGACGAUCCUCUUUCGUCUCAAUGUGCAGAGGCUCAUUGAUGAUCCUCACACCGUCAUCACAAUCCAAGGGUGCACCGUCACGGGUGCGCAAGAUGCCGGCUCAAAUCUACCGACGCCUCAAGAAGCGCACUCUGAUGGAGUUGACGUCGCAGAGUCGCCAUCGUGCGACGCAAAGACGGAGAAUAUGUCGGCAGAACCAGGUCUUGGGGGGCAGUCAAAUCAUGCUGGAGUUGGAGCUGCUCCAAACUCCAACGACGUACAGCAUGCAACCAAUGAGCUGUCUACCUUUCUCCGUCAAGCCUCUACGUGUGGUGAAUCUAUUUUGUUUGCCAAGCACUUGACCGCGGUGGUGGGCAUGUACUCUGGUGCGCAAGUUGUGCGGGACUCGGCGCUGCAUCUGCUUGACAUGUUUCACCGCGAGUAUAUCAAUGGCCAGCCGGCAUCACUGCAGGUGUGUAGCGAGGAAGAUGCUGCCAAGACCUUUGGAGUGUAUGCAGCCGGCUUUCCGGAUAUCUCUGUGCCACAGGAUGCGGUGCGAGCGUGGGCAAAUGGCCAGUGUAUCAACGGCUCGAGCCCUGCAGCCAGCGUCGACAUGGGAGUCCUGGUCGCUUCCAUCAAAAACUCAAAUAUGACCUCUUUCAGCUCCAGCUCUACGAACUCUACCGUGAACGCUCGUCGUAGCCACACGCUCCUGGCAAGGGGCAAUUGUCGCACUGAGCAGGUCAAGCAGGGAGAUAGCUGUGCCUCCUUGGCUGAUCGAUGUGGUAUCUCGGGCAACGACAUCACAAAAUACAACACGAGGUCCGACUUUUGCUCUACUCUCAAGCCCAAGCAGUAUUACUGCUGCGGCCCAGGCGAUCUGCCCGACAUGCGUCCACAGCCUGAUCCUGAUGGCACGUGCCACGUCUAUCCUGUGGCCGCCAACGACGGCUGCUGGGCCAUUUCGGACGCAUUCGGAGUUUCUAAAGACGACCUCGAGACUUUCAACAAGAAGACGUGGGGUUGGGCGGGCUGUGGCUCACUCCAGCUCGGACAGAGAAUCUGCGUCAGCAAGGGCAAUCCCCCCAUGCCCGCACCUGUCGCGGGUACAACGUGCGGUCCGCAGGUCCCCGGCACCAAGAAGCCGACAGACGGAACCGACUUUGCAGGCUUGAAUCCAUGCCCACUUAAUGCAUGCUGCGAUGUAUGGGGCUUUUGCGGGACCACGGCCGAGUUUUGCACGAAGACGCCCGCCGACAAUGGCGGCCCUGGCACAACGCAGCCGGGGAAGAGCAGCUGCAUUUCCAACUGCGGCAUGGAUAUCGUCAACAACGGCCAGGGCCCGUCCUCGUUUGAAAAGCUGGGCUAUUUUGAAGCUUUUAACGUGGAGAGAAAAUGUCUUCACAUGGAUGCGUCGAAUAUCCCGACGGACAAGUAUACCUUGAUCCAUUUUGCAUUUGCUGGCGUGACGGCGAACUUUGACGUGGAGCUCGGGACGGUCAAUGGGCAGUUUGAGAGGUUCAAAGGGCUCAAAGGACCGAAAAAGGUCUUGUCGUUUGGCGGUUGGGCAUUUUCCACUGAUCAAGCUACGUUUCAGCGGUUUCGACAAGCCACCAAUCCCGCCAAUAGAGGAACAUUUGUCAACAACCUGAUUGGCUUUCUUGACAAGGCACCAGACAUCCCAGAUAUUGAGCCAGGUAGUCCUGAUGAAGGUGACAACUACCUAGGAUUUCUUUCACUUCUUCGCUCGAGACUGCCUUCGAGCAAAACACUCUCCAUAGCUCUUCCUGCCUCGUUUUGGUAUCUGAAACAGUAUCCCGUCAAGGACAUUGCACGUUACGUGGACUACUUUGUCUACAUGACGUAUGACUUGCACGGACAAUGGGAUGUGGGCAAUAAAUGGGCUGUUCCAGGCUGCGACGGCGGCAACUGUUUACGGUCGCACGUCAACAAGACGGAAACCAUCAACGCACUUGCGAUGCUUACAAAAGCCGGUGUUCACUCCAACCAGGUCUUGGUGGGUGUGAGCAGCUACGGAAGAAGUUUCCGCAUGAAAGAUGAGCACUGUUCCGGUCCGUUUUGCACCUUUCUCGGUGCCAGGGGCCAUUCCCAGGCAUACGAGGGCCGGUGCACCGGGACGGGAGGCUACAUUUCCAAUGCCGAAAUCGGUGAAAUUAUUGGCAAGCAGCAAAACUACUCAGUUGUACAAAGUUUUGUUGACAAGGACUCGGGCUCGAAUAUUGCCAUGUACGGCGAACCCGGUGCCGUUGACUGGGUUGCGUACAUGGACGGGGACAUGAAAACUGACCGUAUCGACUGGAUCAAGCAACAGAAUUUCCGUGGCUUUUCGGACUGGGCCAUCGAUCUAGAAUCCUUUACUGGAGACGAGGACAACUCCGGAGACGAUGGCACCUACGACCCAGAUGAUGACGACUGGGACUGGGACUUUGAUGGCGACACCGCCUGCAAUGACAGCCCCGGAAGUCUUCAGAGCAUCGCCCACGGCAUUGAUGGCAUGAAGAAAAAGUGUGCCAGUCUUUACACCCUAAAAGCGCUCUCCGGCAUGAUUGAUGAGAGUUUCGAGCUGUUUGGCAAGAACAAUAAAGGCUACGACGAGCAAUUCGGCCACUAUGCAACCUGGGUCAAAGAGAACAUUGACCCCAAGCUCGACUCAUUUAUGGCGUUUGGCAAGGGAGACGGCAAUGAAUUCUUUACAUGCACAUGGAAGGUGGGAAGGAGAGUCGGAUCGGGUCCUUGCAGAGGUAUGCCGCACUAUUGGGAGGAGGAGUCCACCUUUACCGUCGAGUACAAGCUAUCCGACGAAGACGGCUUCUACAAGGCGGCGUCCGAAAAGCUCGGCAUUGACAAGGACUGGAUCGCGAUCGGCAACCGGGAUAAGGACUACGAUUGCCGGACCAAUGUAAACGAGGCCACACAGGGCCGUCCCGGACGCGGCUCCGGCAUCUCUCCGCCGUGCUCCAAGAUUUUCCGCCGGCGCAUGAACGUGCCCGUCAAGGCCGCCGACGACAAGAUCAAGGUUGGCAAUCCCAAGGAGAUGCUCAGCAACAUCAUGCCCAACAUCGCGGCGCUAAAGGAUACCCUCACCAGCACCUACGCUACCGUCGGGCUCGGCAUCUACGACGACACGCAGGACCGUGCCGACGUCAUGGACGCCGUGGUCGGGUACUCGCUGCCCGUCCUGCAGCUAUCCGAGUCAGUUGACAGCAUGAAGACCAUCAAGGGCAUUGGCGAAAAGGCCAACGCCGACAAGAAGCGCAACCUCAUCCUCAGCAUCAUCACCUACGUCCUCAUGGCCCUGCCCUUUGUCGGCGAGGCCGUCGGCCCGCUCGUCGGCAGCGCCACGGCCGUGGCGCGCAUCGCCGUCCUCGUCACCGAGGUUGGUACCGUGGCCACCACCAUUGCCGACAUUGUCGCCGACAAGGACUCGGCGCCCUUUGCCAUUCUCGGCCUCAUCCUCGGGUCCGGCCUCGGCGGCGAGGGCAGGCUGUCCCGGCAGGAAGGGUUAUCCAAGGCCUCGGCCGCUCGGAGAGCCCUGAGCGCGGACGACUUGGCAAAGUACACUGACAGCUUCAAGGAAAAGGACGCGUUGAUUCAAAAAAUCAGCCGAAAAGGCUCCUGCAGCAAAUAG